UCUGCAGACAGCUGAUAAGCGAUAAGAUACGGGGCUUAUCAGCCAGCGGGCGGUGAAGUAAAAAGACCCAUAAUUCCAGGCCAAGCGCCACAAACGCACAAGCCACCCACCAGCGAAGCCCUCCCGCACAAGAAAAAUCUCGUGUCCAUAUUGCGGAACUCCCUAGCAACAUUUCAGGCCGACCACCGCUCUCCGUCGACGACAUCUUCACGCCAAACCCACCCCUCUCCGAAAUUUGCCCUUUUUCGCAAGGAAAAAUUCCAUCAAUCUCUCAAGAUGUCUCACGAGUCUGUCUGGAACUCCCGCCCCCGCACUUACGGCAAGGGCUCUCGCGCUUGCCGUGUCUGCACCCACCAGGCUGGUCUGAUCCGCAAGUACGGCCUCAACAUCUGCCGUCAGUGCUUCCGCGAGAAGGCUGCCGACAUUGGUUUCGUCAAGUACCGGUAAAUCACCCACUCUAAUGUCGGGAGACAUGGAGGGUUUGACAACCACGGGGCUUCCGGGUUUUGUGGUUUGAUGACAUGACGGGGAGAAUGGGAAAGGGAAACGGUGACAAAAAGGGAAUUCUUUUGGGGAAACCAUGGGCAAAGGGGGGGGGGACGGAUACCAACUAGAACACCCUUUUUCGCCGGCUGGGAAAUAAGAACAAAAAAGGGACAAACUUUGUGAUUCGACGACCACUUUACGGAAGAAAACGGGCUGAAGGAAACCGACGACUGAUAUUCCGAAAGAUCAACAAGGCGGCCAGCGUUGGGAUUCUUUUCACUCAUUAUUUGCAUGGGAUAAGGGGGAAACCAAGGCCAACAAAGUGGGAGUUAUCACGGGUUUUACCUUUUUUUUUUGUGAAAGCAUCCUUUUUUGUGCUUUUUCUUUGAAGAGCAACUGAAAUGACCCAAGUUGCAAACACACACUCAAGGUGCAUUCUUGUUGUUUGCUGUUGUUGUUUUGUUCGCGCGUGCCCAGCGAAUAGAUCUCGACAUCUGCUUUGAUUGAUGGGAGAGUGGGC